GAUUUGAUUUGAUCUACUAUGGGACACAGGCAAUCGAUUUGAUUUAAGAACGAUAUAACUGUCUUGUCCUAGCACAAGCUUUAAAGGAAUAAAAAAAGCAAUAGAAUCCUUUUUGACAUACACCUCUUGAACAAUAUUAAUGAUCUCUUUCCAACAUGCCAGCACGGCCCAACAUUCACACUCUCCUCUUCCUGCUGUGUGCGUUCUGUAAUUACUCGUGUAUGAUAUUCAGUAGCUGCCAAGAAUCCAGACACCCACAUCAGUCUGCCAGUCACCUCGACGGACUGUAGUUUGUAAACGGGCUUGUCAGAAGAGGAGUUGGUAGGCAGAAAGAGAGAGCGCGUGUAAGGAGCUUCGCAGUUUUGUUGGUGGCACCCCUCCCCUCAGCGCGCGGUGAGCGUUUCACCCUAUCCGGUGACGGUGCUCGUUUGUAAUUCCUGCGCUCUUUCGCUAGAGACUUCUCGCAGUCGCAGUUGUCUUCCCUUGUGCUCUGUCGCCGUUCGCUGUCGUCGUGCGCGACGAACGGUGGUUGACGUUUAUCGUGACAGCGAACGAACAAGACGGAAUAUAAUUUAGCCGAGCCGGAGAGCUUUGCUUUGUUGGCGACGGAGGAACAAGGACAUCUGACGCGACAGUCUCAACCGCUCUGAGUUCGGGUGUGUGCAGGCUGUAGGAAUGCGGGAUAGAAGUCAACGUAAAAACACCUGCGUUUCCCUGACAACAUGACAACAACAGAUCUGAACCUGACAUCCCUCCUGAACGUGUCUGAUCUCCACAAGGCAACACAGGGGGGAUGUUCCCUGACCGGGACAGGCUUCCAGUUCUACUAUCUGCCCACCGUGUACAUCCUGGUGUUCGUCACCGGCCUGGUGGGGAACAGUCUGUCCAUCUGGAUGUUUGUCUGCCACAUGAGACCCUGGAGCAGCAUCUCUGUGUACAUGUUUAACCUGGCUCUGGCCGACUUCUGCUACGUCCUCUCCCUGCCCUUCCUCAUCUUCUACUACUUUAAUAAGACCGACUGGAUAUUCGGGGACGUUCUCUGCCGACUGCAGAGGUUUAUAUUCCACGUCAAUCUGUACGGCAGCAUCCUGUUCCUGACCUGUAUCAGUGUCCACAGGUACACAGGAGUGGUCCACCCGCUCAAGUCUCUGGGAAGGCUCAAGAAGAAGAACGCCGUGCUGACCAGCGCCCUGGUCUGGGUCGUGGUCAUAGCGAGUAUCUCUCCCAUCCUCUACUACUCUAGGACGGGGCAGAAACGGAACGCCACCACGUGCUACGACACGACCACGGAGGAUGAGCUGCCGGGUUACUUCAUCUAUAGCAUGUGUUUGACCGUGUUCGGCUUCUGCAUCCCCUUCAUCAUAAUCCUGGGUUGCUAUGGGAUGAUCGUCAAGGCGCUGAUCUGUAACGACAUGAACAACGGCCCGUUGCGGCGUAAGUCCAUCCACCUGGUGAUUAUCGUGCUGGCCGUGUUCGCUGUGUCCUACCUGCCCUUUCACGUGAUGAAGAACCUGAACAUGCGAGCCCGGCUGUACUUCCAGGUCCCGGACAUGUGUGACUUUAAUAACCGGGUGUACGCCACCUACCAGGUGACGCGGGGGCUGGCCAGCCUCAACAGCUGUGUGGACCCGGUCCUCUACUUCCUGGCUGGGGACACGUUCAGGAGGAAGUUGUCCAGAGCUACUAUAAAACAAUCCAAGAAGGGGGAGCUCCCACUGCAGUCGAAGAGUGAAGAGACGGCGCUCAACAGCCUGCCGGAGUAUGUCAAGAACAGAGAUGGACAGUUCUGAGAGAGAUCUCGUUCCUGGUCUUGGUCUCUGGUCCGCGUGGUCCGUCUGAACCUCGUACAGGGGUUUUGUGUGAAAACGUACUGUGUAUUGGUGCUGUGGACCUCGCAGACUGUGUGCACUGUGGAUAGAACAGUCCGGGCGGGAAUGUGACAAAGCUGACGAUAAAAGUUUGUGUCUCUGUAAUGCUUAUCACUAGCUAGGUAUUUUCUGAAUGUGAACCAAGUGCUCAUCCAUCCAUAACCAGACAUAAGGAGAAGGUCAAUAGCUUGAUCUCCUGUUAACAACUGCCCCCUUGUUCCUCUAUCGAACCAAUGCUAAUGUGUUUGUAAUGGAGAGAGAGGGCUCUGCUAGCCACCCAGUGGAUGCUUCAUAAUCACUACCUCUUAGCAGGUAGACAGUGGUGGCUGAGGCUAGGUGAGACACCAGGGAUGACUGAGAUCUAUUACCAAGAGCCUGGGCCUUAUGCCUGCUCUGUGGAGGUUGACAUACAGAGAUUAUAAUGCACUAUGAAUGCUCUGAGUGGCUUUUCUCAGACUGCUACAAAUGGAAUGAACACCAGUACAGUCAGUAUAUCACUAUGGCGUGCGCUGUGUGUCCAUGGUCUAUCUAUUCUACAUAAUAUGAAGGGACUAUACUAGUCUCAUGUGAAUAUGACACUAUACUGUAAUAUACUGUAAAUACAGUAAUAUACUGUUAUAUACAGUAAUAUACUGUUAUAUACAGUAAUAUACUGUAAUAUACUGUAAAUACAGUAAUAUACUGAUAUAUACAGUAAUAUACUGUAAUGUACUGUAAAUACAGUAAUAUACUGAUAUAUACAGUAAUAUACUGUAAUGUACUGUAAAUACAGAAAUAUACUGAUAUAUACAGUAAUAUACUGUAAUAUACUGUAAAUACAGUAAUAUACUGAUAUAUACAGUACUAUACUGUAAUAUACUAUAAAUACAGUAAUAUACUGAUAUAUACAGUAAUAUACUGUAAUGUACUGUAAAUACAGUAAUAUACUGAUAUAUACAGUAAUAUACUGUAAUGUACUGUAAAUACAGUAAUAUACUGAUAUAUACAGUAAUAUACUGUAAUGUACUGAAUGUGUGUUGUAGUUGUACUGUACAGUUUAUGUUGUUAUUGUUUUUUGUUUUUAUUAUUGCAUGAGUCCAGUGUAAUUAUCGGAAGGCAAUUUACCAAUGAAAAAUCACGGCAGACGUUUUCUAUGAAGUGUUGAACUGUUUAUAUGCAGGUGACCAUAUGAUUUAAAUCAAACGUUACUUGAUGUGUAAAACAGCCAUAUUGACUUUUUUUGGGGAGGAUUGUUAAACCCAAUGAAAUGUUUUUCACCUCUCAGUGUUCUGUACACAUAAAAUUAAUACUUCAAUCUCUUUAGCCACCUUGGUAGGUGGAGAAAAUCAACUUAAAACCUGGAACUAUGUAUGUUGUGCUAUGUAUCUGAUUAUCAUCUUUCUAGUUGAGCCAUUUUCUGACUGUUCCUGAACUGGGCAGCAACUCUAGCAGUUCCACAGAUGUUCAUAGUAUAAUAUUGUAUGUGGAUUGACUGAUAAUAGCAUUAAAUGCACAAGUUACCCCCAUCCAUAUUAUUGAGAGGUAUGUAGACCUGAUGAGGAAGUGGAUGAUAUGAUCAUAUCUGCCUUUUAUAGAAAUCCGUGGGACUGCACAUUUGCUGCUCAGGUCAGGGGUCAUGUAGGAGCACACAGUUGCCCUGAAGUUGUACAGCAUUUGGGGGUCAGUUGUGAAUGUGUGAAUAAACGUUUUAUAUAAAACAUG